UAUAAUACUACUAAAUAACAUUUCUGAAUGCACCAUUAUCAAAUACCACGUGUCGAAGUAACAUUGUUACAUUAAUGAUGAGAGUAAAAAUUGGUGGAAGAUGAUGCCGACAAUGUUGUCUACCUUUGCUCGUAGAGUUAGUAUAAAAAAGAACAACCCAGAAACAAAAGGUUUAUUUUCAUGGAAAUUAUGGAUUUACCCGUCCAAAGCAUAUUCUACAAUUCUCAAAAGGGCUGUUAUAAGUGACAAUAUCAAAAGGCUGAAUUUAGAAAAACAAAACAAAAUUUUAAAAAUAGUAAAUGAAAGUGAUACAACAGAAUUAUCCAAAUACAUUAAACAAUUAUAUGCCAAAUCGAUAAUAUCACAUCGCAACACAUUCGGACCUUUCAAAUCAUUGGAUGAUUUAUUGUUAUUAGAUCAAUCAAUAGGUGAUGGAGUAAACCAACUUUGUAUUUCAAUCAUGCAAGACAAUAUGGAUGAAAUGAAACCUAAUUACAAGAUAACACCUAAUGUUCAGAUGAAAGAGAUGCCAAAAACAACACUAGGAAUUCAUAUAGGACCAACCUUGAUAAGUUGGACUUUAGUAGAUUGUAACCUUAAUGUGUUAGUUUGGAACUACAAACACUGGCAUGGUAUUGGUCCACGAAAGAAUUCUUAUAAUAUAAUCAAACUGGUGCCAUGUGUCCUUGAAAGUAUACCUACAGCUGAGAAUUAUAUAAUGGAAGAUAUUAAGUUUUCAAAGAAUACAAUAGCUCCGUACAUUUUGCACGCUCAACAGCAAUUAUCUCUUUCUAUCAUGACUUGCUUAACGUUAAGAAAUGAGACCAGCGAAAUGUUAUCAUCCGCAAAUAAUAUCUAUGUGUUACAUCCCCAAACAACAGUACGUUAUUUCAAUGCUCUGCACAAUUUUCAAAAUAUAGAUACAAAUUAUCUCGUGAAUGUAACACCAACAAGCAGCGUUAUAAGGAUAAGUGACACAAAAUCAAUCGAUAUAUAUAUAAACAGUGACAUAAAAAAUAAAUAUUUGUCUGCAAGCAUCGAUGAUCAGGAACAAAUGAGGUGGCCUCUGUUGAAGGUUUUAGCAUAUUUACGUAUAUUUGCAAUUAAAAAUCACGAUUAUAAUUGGUAUUUUUAAUUUUGAAAAAAUAGCAGAUAUUUAUAAAGUAAAUGUUAAUGAUUUCAAAUAUGUAAACUUUUAUUCCGAUUAUCAUAUACCUGUAAAUAAAGGAAUAAAUUAAUCCUCUGUGUAUGUAAAUAAAAAACAAUUUCUUUUUCUUAUAA